AUGUGGAAAUGGGGGUCGCUACUGCGAGGAGAGUUGCAAUUGGCUAUUGGCCAUUAUCAACAUUAUGAACUACAUUGCAGUGCAUUGAAGUUACAUUAUGAACUACAUUGUUUGAUGGUGCAUCUGACAAAUGAUGUUUUGUUUGAAGUUCACAAUGGUGAUAGAAAAGCUAUAGUUGAUAUUGGUUCGAGAACCUGCACAUGCAAUAGAUUUCAGCUGGAACAACUUCGUUGUGCUCAUGCAAUUGCUGUUUUACAAAAGGCUAAUCAUGAUCCAUAUGAUUACUGUUCACCAUAUUUCACAAAGCUUAAGGAAGCAAUGAUGCAUGCAUAUGAAGAGACAGUGUUCCUUGUUGGUCACGAAGACGCGUGGAAAGUACCCGAAAAUAUCAAAUCAAUGGCACUAUAUCCUCCACAAGGACGACUAAGAGUGGGCAGACCAAAAAAAAGAAGAUGCAAAGCUUCUUGGGAGAUAAAUGCAAAACAGCGUGAACAAGUCAAAUGCGGGAGUUGCAAUUAG